UCGCCGGAGCCCGCGCCGCACUCGCGCCUGUCCCGCGCCGCACCGCGCCCGCGCCACGAGUGCCCAGUGCAGUUCUUGUGAUCGACAUGCAGUUGCCGGCAACAAGCCGGCCGCACUAGAACAACAGCUUCAGAUAUGCUCCAGUCGUUACUACAGCCAAGGGAUAAUCAACGGUCGAAGAUGAUUGGUGCUAUGCCAGCGGUGGCUGUUCGCCAUGAGAGACGUCGCGCGGAGAAGAGGGGUGGAGGGGGGCGGCGGCCGUCGCAGCUGCCGCUGCAGCUGGGGCGCGCGCCCGACACCGAGGCCACGCCCUCGCCCGACCACCACCGCCUGAGAAACGAGCUCUACGUCUGCGGGAAGUAUGCGCAGGUGGCAGCCCUGCACGCGGUGGUGGGUUCCCUGCUGCUAGGGAUAGUGGUGUUGGUGGUGGGGCUGGUGCAGCUGUCGCCGGGGGCGGAGGCUGCUCAGCAUCGCUAUUAUCUGAUGGGAGCUGGCGCCGCGCUGGUAGGGGCAGGUGUACUUGGAGCUGUUCUACGAUGCAUUUGCCUGCACUGGUACAAUCGGAAAUUCCGCCAGGAAAACGAAGAGGACCCAGAGCCGACGACCCACAAGAACGGAGUGAGCGUGGUGGAGAGCGGCCAUGACCACAAGGGCGGGCACCACGAGCAUAAGGGGCACGACCACAAGGCCGGCCACGAGCAGAAAGGGCACGAGCAGAAGGGACACGAGCAUAAAGUGCACGAGAAGGCAGGACAUGAGCACAAGCCUGCAGACAAGGAGCACAAGCCGAAGCUGAAGGCGCAGGCCAGCGUGGGCCGUGACGUGGACCUCAUCAAGCAGCCGUCAGCCACCAGCGACACCUAAGCUAAGCCCGACCACUAGUUACGUAACUUAAGCGUUAACCGUGUACCGUCGCUCGUGAGAGGCGUGUGUGUCACAUCACCACUCCUAUACACGCUGAUGUCGCGCCAGUGUUGGUUGUUCACUCGAUAUAUCUGUGUCUGUACUGAAGACGCUUGUCUACUUCGCCAUCAAUGAUUACUAUCUGUAUCCAGUUUAUCGGCAGUCAGUUUAAAACUGUGUUCAGAUUUUCAAGCAAGUCAGAACUUUGUGUUUACAUCUCCAAGUAUAAAUAUGAAGUCGUACUUUAAUUUAGUUUUCAUAAAAGUAACUUAAUUAAUUAGUUAAGCGUGUUCUACGCCGCAUGUACUUAACAGUCGCGUUUUCAAAAUAGUCUGUACAGUUGAGUUGGCGGCGCGCUGACGUCAAACAAACCGUUACAAUACAACAACACGAAAGUGUUAUAUCUUUACAAUUACAUUGGAAACUACGCGGUUUAUUUUGCUCUGACAUCAUUUACCACCUAGAGUUAAGUAGAGUACUAAACGUUACUUAAUUACAUGUACCUAGAUCUACGAGUGUAAACGUCUAUAAAGAAUGAAUUUGUAAAGUGUUUCGAAGUCACUCUGUUCGGUGGUCCGCGGCUGUAAUGCGAGGCUCACUGUAUUAUCAAGUUUCAACGCAUUAUUGUACAUUCGCCAACUUUUCCUCAUUAACGUUGUUUAAGUAUUACUUCCAGUCUGUCGUCACGUAUCCCCUAAAUGUAAUUUAUCUUGUACAUAUUUUGUAAUGUGUCUACAUAAUUAUUGUCUUUUGUAUUUAAUAAUAUAUAUACAAUGUUAGUCACAUAUCAUUUAUAUUAGGACCUACCAUUUACUCUCACGUAGCCAUCACCAAAACAUUUAAUUUUGAAAAACGUUUACUUGCUUCAUUUUUUAUGAUUCGUCAAAAUUAUAGAUUGAAACUAUUUAUCAUUUCUAAGUAAUAUAUUUUUGAAAAAUUUACAACCUGAACUCAAAAUUAUCGUAUUACUCUUGUAAAACAUUUAUUUUUAGUGACCCUAUAAACAAAAUUUCUGAAUAAAAGCAAUCGGUUUAAAUUAACAAUUAAACAUUCUAAAGCCUUACCGUCCGAACAAAGAGGAUUUAAUUAAUUGAACAAAUAAAGCUGGGUUUUUAAUAAACAUUUACUUAAAUAGAAUUUAUAACUAUAUACAACACAUGAUGUAUGACCAUGUACUAUUUAUAUAGUUGUCUCUAAUGCAUGCAGGUAGGAUAACGGAGCUUAGAAUCGAAUUGAGACUAGUGAACCUUUGGUAAGAGCCCCUCGCACCUCACUGUAGUCACUCUAGAGCUGCACUGGGGCCCGCCGGGCCUCGCUCACAAUGCUACUUAUGUUCACGUGUACAACAGUGCCAUACCCGUACCCAAGCAAGACAUAACGAUUUUAAAAAUAUCUUCCAGUAAUUUACAAAACUGACUAGCGUUAUACCUUAUCUCCUUCAUUAAUAUAACAUCAUCAAUGGAUAUUUCUCAACUAUUCUUUUACUUCUCUUCUUAAAAUUCUUGUGACACUUGUAGACACGAACUAUGUGUAGACAUCACCUUUAAAGGAUGUCCUUUCUUCAAUUAAGAUCGAUUGUAUCUUAGUAGAUUAACAAUUACAUAACAUUUUAAUCAUUAUAAUGAAUAUUAAAACAAUAUCAAUUCAAUAGCUGUUCGUAUAUUAUACAUUUGAUGUUGUGUAUCGAUGUUCUAUGAUUAACGAGGAUAUAUAAUAGACCAAUGUAUCAUGUAAAUGUAAUAUCAGUAUAGUUAGUGUGGAUUGUGGAAUCAUACUCAUGUCACUUCACCGUAUCUCAUUAGGGACUUAAUAUGUUUGUUUCGAUAAUUUAGAGAAACCUUGAAAUUUUUACCCUAAGAGACUGAAAAGAGUGUUCUAAAAUAAAUUUCAAUGAAAUCAUUGUUCAAUUGGUUCUGUUGAUUUCCCUUCUGCCGUGUAAUAGUUUGGUAACCAUUUACACAACCUGUUUUGCUUUCUUUCAAUUAUCAAGGUUUGAAUUCAUUGCCAUCUUGGGGUCCAAUGUCUGGUCCAGUUAAAACAUGUAUGUAAUUGGAUUGUGAAUGCUAAUUAAUUUUAAAGGAAAGCCAUGUUGAUUAACUCAAUCAUUUUCUCAAAAGUGUUUAGUUGUUAAGUAUUAUUUUAUUUCUAAUGAUACUCGUAUUAUUUAGGAUUGUAGGACAUCGGCCGUCCUAGAUAAGUGACAUUACUGUUGUCGUAAUCCUUUGAAACAUUGUCUCUAAUGAGUAAAAUGAAAUUUCUUUUCGAUAAGUCACGUGAAUCGUACCUUCAGAAGUUACGACUUUAGAAAUGUCACCUGUUUACGGGGUAAUGUGUAAAAUGUUAGCUGUAUGUAUGAAAAACUCGAUUCAUACAUUUUUGUGUCGGCUUUGAGUAUACAGUUCUUACGCUGUUUUUAACCGGUUCGUAUACAUGACUUACAAAUGUCAUGUCAGUUGGUUUCGAGUCUGUAACAUAUAAAAUGUAUGAGCUGACGUCACUUGAGCACAAGUACUGUUUCUCCUGAACAUCGAAAGUACUUUGAAUGUGGUGGAGUAUUGUUACUUAUUAUUUGAUUAGUAGUUAUUAUGAAGACAUUGUGUGUUGUACUGGUAUCAAUGUUUACUGAAUGUUUAUUUAAUUAAGUUGUGGGACCGACUGGCGAACUCUUCUGGGUGAAGGUACCAGGGGACCAGUGGGUAAGGAAGAUAAAUCUUUGACAUGAGCCUCACUAAAGCUAUCUGCUGAAUAAACGAAAUUUGGAUGAUCAUCCUUAAAGAGCCCUUACUCUAUGAUACCCUGGUACGUGGUAUAGUGCACGCCAGUCGUCCUCACAAAAUAUUCCAUAUAAAAUGAUAUUAUUACGUUCGUCAAUGUGUUAGAAUAAGAACAAAUUAGUGUAUUGUAAUAUAACUGGUAAUUAUAGUCUUAAAGAUAUUAUAUUAUUUUAAAUCUACAUUCUUAGCUUUGGCGUCUAAUUUCCGCAUUAGAAAUGUUGCCAAAAAAUAUUUAUUUAUUACACGCUUAUCGUAUUUGAUCGACAAAAUGUUUAUAGUCCUUUAAUAACGUGUAAACCAUCGUCUUUUGAAAAUACACCCAUAUUUGAAAAGAAAUACUGUAUUUCCUUAACAAUACGAUCGACGAAGAAACUCAAGUUGAUAAUCCGAAGCAUUUUGCUCGAUCAAAACAUUCAUUAAUCAUAGCCGAAUUAUAGUUGUUAUAAAAUUUUAUAUAUUUAUAAAUUCCGUUAAGCUAUUAGCCAUUUGGUUAAAUAAAUUGCCGUGCCAAAGUUAACGUGGUCUGACCAUAUGAAUUUAAUAGAAAAAUUGUAACAUUUAUUUUAAUGAUAAGCUUCAUAUUAUUAAUUAUCGGGAAUUGAGAUUUGAAAGGUGAUUUAAAAUACAGAACGUUAUGUUUCUGUUUAUUCUGCAAAUUUAAUGAGACCAGCUUAGUUGAUGAGUUCUGAUCUUCUUAAGAAGCGAUAAUUUGUUAACAGAUUGCAGAAUGACCGUCAACAGAAAAUACGUAAUUAAUUAAUUGUGUUUAGUUCAUUACAAUUAUGUAUCCGUCACGGAUUUAUUUAGAGAAUUAGGUUAUUAUUUUGAUAGUACUUUUAUAUCUUUAUUAAAGUAUUUAUUACGCCAUAGAUAGAGAAUGCUAUGCUAUAUAUAAUGUUCAGUAUGUAGAGGUGUACUCGGACUGGUCGCAGUCCCUCUAGUUUCCUUCGGCGUCCGCGCAUCGUAUGAGACAUUCCGCAAGCUUUGUAUGUUUCUAUUAAUGGCCGUAUUAUAAACAUGUAACAUUGUGACAUAUUGGUUAGUUAGUGUCUAGGGUAUAACAAUAUAUUAUCAUUAACAUACAUAUGUAAUUAAUGUAACCAUAUCCGUUGUUAUGACACGGCAUAUAUCUGUUCUCGACUAGACCCCACUUUAGGGGUUUACUCCUGAAUCCCUACACUUUUAAUCCCCACACCUAAGCUCUAUUCACUGUGAUAAAAUAAUUGUAAGAAUUAAAAUAAAAUAUAAAUUUUAAAAAUCAAUAUAAAACGUUUGUAUAAUUUUUCUAUACUUCCGUCGUUUACGGCAGAUUUUUCGAUUGUCGAAUGAAAAAUUUUAUAAACUUUAAUAAUAUCACAGUGAAUAAAAUAUUUAAUUCUAUGCCUAUUGUCCAAAUACCAUUUAAAUUAAUUUUGUUAAAUUCUAUUUCUGUUUUGAUUUUUGGGGUCAGUUAUGUUCGUAAGAAGGAACAUUUUAAUUAUUAUGGUUUCCCUUAAACUGGCCUCGCGCGAUUAUCCCACGUCUUAAUAAAAAUCUUACACUUUAAUGUUGAUUUUAACGUAUUGACGUGUUUUAUAUUAUCGUAUAUUAUGAUAUAUUUUAAUUUAUCACGACUGUGCUGUUUUAUAUCUCAUAUAUUUUAUACCGAUGUCUCUAAAUAAAAUGUGAAGAU